AUGGAUACGUUGUAGCCUAGUAAAAAUAGCUCAUAAUCAAUUUAAUGUAAAGAAGAUUAGUAAAGUAAUUCUAGCAAGCAGUUAAUUAUUGAAGAUUAGAGUUAUACAAAAAGAUAAAAAAUAAUCAGAGCAGUUUUGGAUUCUUUCUUAAGAGGAUGCUUAUUAGGGAAUUUAAUAGAUAUUUACAGACAGAAAGAAAGCGAGUUGUAAGAUGAAGUAUUCAAACAAAUAAUUGCAGGAGAUCUAAAGCAGGUUCUUAAAUAAUUUGGAAGUUAGUAGAAAUACGAUAUAACAUGGCACUAUUUAUUCUUUGCUGAAAUCUAUUCUUUGUUAGAAUAUGAUCCGAUUUUAAGCCCUGAACCUUUGAAUUUUAGUGUCUACAUGAAAUAUAUUCUAGUUAUGUAUAAUUUGAGCAAUAAUAACAUAAAGCAAUAACUCUAAAGUAUUAUGCCUUAAAACAUUACUAUACCACAAAAUGAAACACCCUGUGGAUCAGAUAAAUACAAGUAAUCAUUGUAAUUGUGGAUAUAAAAUAAUAACUAAAUAAAAGAAGGUAUCUUUAAAUAGUUUGAUAACAAAAUCAUCUGUCUCAAGUUUACUUUGUCUUAAAUAAUUCCUUUAUUAUUUAUCUAUUCUACUAACUCACUCAAAUUACCAGUAGAAAAAGUUAGGGCUUAUAUCAAAAAUUUUGGUUUUGAAGAAGAAUAGUAAGCUGCUUUAAUUUUUUACUUCGUUUUUAUGAAUAAAUUAUUGAAGUAUUAUCUCAAAGAAAAUAGUAUAAUUAAAGCAAUCAAUAAAAUCAAAACAAAAUUGAAAGGUAAAAAAUCAUAUUUAGAUAAUAAAGAAAAAGAAGUUCUUCUGUAAUGUGAGAAAAAGAUUGAAAUACUAAAAAAAUUAUAAAAAGAUCCAAAAUUUAUAAAUAUAAGUUAAUCCUCUCAACAAACUUUAUUAGAUGAUUACUCUGUAAAAGUUUAACUAAUAAAAUAUGAUUAAUCGUACAAAAAUUUUUAGUCGCUUUUGGUAGAUGUAAUUGUACAGCUAAUAGCAUAUAUAGGUAUUCUUGAUCACGAUUCGAUUAUAUUUAAAAUACAAAAAUUGAACUACGAAUAGAGCUCAAUACCUGCUCUACUUCUCUCUUUUCCAGUAUUAGCAAUUGGAUAUCCUGAUAAUUAUAUUAACCAACUUAACGAUCUAAUAUAUAGAACUAGUAACUAAGAUUGUUUACUAAAUUAUUUAAACCCAGAUCCUUGGUUUUCAACUUAAAUCUCUAACUAAAUAUUUACUGAAUUUGUAAAUCUUUUUUGUGAAAAAUUCUAUAGAAAUUCUAAGUGA